AUGUGGAGGCAAUUCUUGCUUUAUUUCAGGACGCACCGCUACCAUGUGGACAAUUGUCAAGCAAAGGAGACGCUACAAAAAGAAAAUGAGGAGGACACUAAAGCGGCACAGCAGCGUUUCAAGCAGCCCAUGGGCCCCGAGCGGACGGAGAUGCACAAGCGACACGUGCCUGCGGCCCAGGAGACGCCCGGCUCCGCGCCGGCGCCGAGCGGCGCGGGCGGCCGAGGGUCCAACGCCUGCUGCUUCUGCUGGUGCUGCUGCUGCAGCUGCUCGUGUCUUACUGUUAGAAAUCAAGAUGAAGAGCGAACAAGAAGAACAUCCCAUGAACUCCAAGCAGAGGGUAUUCCAAAUUGUGAGGAAAGCCCUGCUCCCACCCUUGAAGAAGUCAACGCGUGGGCGCAGUCAUUUGACAAGCUCAUGCUGACGCCGGCCGGCCGGAACGCUUUCCGCGAGUUUCUCCGCACCGAAUUCAGCGAGGAAAACAUGCUUUUCUGGAUGGCCUGCGAAGAGCUAAAGCAAGAAUCCAACAAAAGCGUCAUCGAAGAAAAAGCCAGACUAAUUUAUGAAGAUUAUAUUUCUAUCCUUUCUCCGAAAGAGGUCAGUCUGGACUCGAGAGUAAGGGAAGUUAUUAACCGCAACAUGCUGGAACCCUCCCAACAUACCUUCGACGAUGCACAGCUCCAGAUUUACACCUUAAUGCACAGAGACUCCUACCCACGGUUUAUGAACUCGGCUAUUUACAAGGACUUGCUUCGGUCCUUAACUGAGAAGUCCAUCGAAGCAUAGGAUUCUUCUUUCUUAAAUGUAUUUAUUUUAAAACAAAUGGAACUCUGGGCUACAUCAAUCAACAGGGAAUUUAGAAUUAACCAGAUAUUUACCUGAAAAUCUCUCAGGUGAGUUUUAAUACAGACUGAAUGUUUUAAAUCUGCACAAAGCUCUGACACAGUUUCCAGGUCUAAGUAAAUAUUACUUGUCAAAAGAGAAUGAAGAGGAAGAAGAUAAAACAUUUACGUUCAAGAAGUGUUUUUUUUACAAUGCAACACGCAACUCGGACACAACUCUCUAAAAGGRACCUAUCUGCAAAGUACAAUUGCCAAUUGAGCAUAAAACCUAAAUUUUAAGUCAAGUUUGACUUGCAAGUCAAACCACUUACCCCUUCCAUACUGUGACCAAAAAACCCACAGUUGUGCUAUCAAGAUCUGGGUUAUCCUACACUACAUAUGAGGUUUCCCAUAUGGUACAAGUUGUCCCUGGCACAGGUACGCUCGUUUUACAAUACGUAUUUAACACAU